AUGACAUGGGCCUCUCUCUCGGCUGCCCGAAUAUUCGGGGAGUGGGUGGUGGAGGUCGAGGUUCAGAUACUAUCGGAUCAUAGAUACGUGGUGUGGUCCCUCGGUCUCCCCACCCUUCAAAAGCGGGUGCUGGACUGCCGCCUAGAGGAGGGGAGCAUUACCCUCCCCAAGAGAUGGGUCCUCAGUCAACUGGACGUGGACAAGUUCCGGGCGGCAGCCUUCAUGGCCACCUGGCACCUUGAGGGGCCAGGUGAGUGGGACCUUAGCCCCCAGGAGGGGGCUAAGAAAGUGGUGCGCGUCAUGGCAUCGGCUUGCGACGCCGCGAUGCUCCGGUCCAACUCCCGCCACCGCCGGGCCGCUUACUGGUGGACGGAGGCCAUCGCUAAGUUACGAGAGGCCUCCGUCCGAGCCAGACGAGCGUAUGCCCGGGCCCGAUGGAGAGGCGGAGAUGCCGCGAGGGAAAAAGAGGGCUAUCUCCAAGCAAGGGAAGCCCUCAAGGCCGCCAUCGCUGAGGCCAAGAAAAGAGCGUGGGAGCAACUGGUGAACUCCCUGGACGAUGACCCUGGUGGAAGGGGGCCCCGCCAGAUCCCUGUCCCCGAGCUGGAGGAUGGGGACUGGGCAGAGUACCUGGAAGUCAUCCCAGAGGAGUUCGCCAGGGCCAGGAAGAAGCUCGGGGCCAAAGGCAAAGCCCCUGGCCCCAACGGGAUUCCUAGCCGCGCCUGGACUCUCGCCCUCGGCGAGGGGAACUUGUCCGCUGCCAUGCGGGAGUUAAUGGCUUUCUCAAGGAGGGGGUAUUCCCCCUAG